CGAAACCCUAUAAUGCAAUCUGUUUCGAAAAUGACUAUUAAGAGCUCAUUGAUUGAUCCCGACGGUGGUGAAUUGGUGGAAUUGAUUGUACCGGAAUCUGAAAUCGGAGCGAAGAGAGCUGAAUCAGAGACGAUGCCGAAAGUGAAGCUGACGAAGAUUGAUCUUGAGUGGGUUCAUGUGAUUAGUGAAGGCUGGGCUAGUCCUUUAAAAGGGUUCAUGACAGAAGAUGAGUAUCUACAAAGUUUGCAUUUUAAUUCUCUUAGAUUAAAAAAUGGGACUUUUGUGAAUAUGUCUCUUCCUAUUGUUCUUGCUAUUGAUGAAGAGACUAAGGAACAAAUCGGAUCAUCCAAGAAUGUUGCUCUUGUUAGCCCUCAAGGAGAUAUCAUUGGUUCUCUUCGAAGUGUGGAGAUAUACAAUCUUGAAAACUGA